ACUGAACCUCGCCAUUUGACUAACCUGGAGAUUCAUUGCCAUUGACGGUUGACACCUGUUGCACGGUCCCUCCUUCUUACACAAUUAAUUCCUUCAUUUAAUUCCCGUCUUCCGCAAACCUCGCAGAAAUGGCUAGCCAGGGUGUCAAUGUCCUCCGUUACUCGGCUCUCGUUGCCGGUCUCGUUUACGGUGUUUACCACCAGUCCUCCCUCAACUCGGUGACCAAGCGCGCAGAGAUUGAGCACGAGUAUGCUCGCAAGGAGCGCCUGAUCGAGCAGGCCAAGGCCGAAUACAAGAAGAAGACCCAGCCUCAGCAAGAGACCAAGACACAGACCAGCGGACUUAUCACGAAUUUCGAGGAUCCCAAGUUCGACCUGGAGGCGUUCUUGAAGGCUAAGGCUGGAGAGUAAAUGUGAUGGAUGGUAUAGAGGAGGAAUGCUACGCAAUGAUCUCUUUGCGGGAAUCGCACCUCCCCCAGGGUAUUAGACGCGUUUUGCUCAAUUCCGCUCCAUUUUAUUGUACGAUUGUUUGGGUUUAAUCUGCCCCCCGAGCUGUGGCAUUGCGAGCGCAAGAUGGAAUGAUUUUUGUUUCUCAUUUUUAGACGUUUUAUCUGGGUCCUGUACAUACCCUGGGCUGUCGUGCGCCUGUACACUACAGUUGGACCACAAGCAAGAGCAAAAGAUCGUGUUAUGCAUUCCGGCGUUACCAAUGGCCCAAGUACGUACAAGAGCA